AUGGCUGAUAUUUUGGACAUAUUAGAUAUUGAACAUCCUGGGGCAUCAGAAAUAACCAGAGAUAGUAUAAUACAUGGCGAUAAAAUAAAAAAGAAAUAUGUUACUACAAAAGCAGCACGACGUCCUGAAGGCAUGCAUCGUGAAGUGUUUGCUCUUCUUUAUAAUGAUAACAAAGAUCUGCCUCCUCUACUGCCUACAGACACUGGCAAAGCUUAUAAACAAACCAAAGCUAAACUUGGUAUGAGAAAAGCCAGAAAAUGGGUAUGGGCACCAUUUACUAACCCAGCUCGCAAAGAUAAUGCAGUAUUUCAUCAUUGGAAAAGAGUAUCAGAUGAAGCAAAGGAAUAUCCAUUUGCCCAAUUUAAUAAGCAAGUAUCAAUUCCUUCAUAUUCCGAAUCAGAGUACAAUCAGUACCUAAAAUCUGAAGACUGGAGUCAGGCUGAAACUGAUCACCUAAUGGAUCUAUGCCAGAGAUUCGAUCUUCGCUUUAUAAUAAUACAUGAUAGAUGGGAUCGUGCAGCUUUUAGGGAUAGGAGUGUUGAAGACUUAAAAGAAAGAUACUAUAAUAUUUGUACUAUUCUAAGCAAAGUUAAAACAAAUCCUUGGUCAAACUCUGUGACAAUGGUCAAUGGAGAGAAAAGGGUUUAUCAUUAUGAUGCUGAACAUGAAAGGAAGAGGAAGGAGCAACUCAAAAAGUUAUUUGAGAGGACACAAGAACAGAUCGAUGAAGAACAAAUGUUAUUGGCUGAGUUGAAGAAAAUAGAAGCAAGAAAACGUGAAAGAGAGAGAAAAACUCAAGAUUUACAAAAACUAAUCUCUAGAGCUGACAACGCAAAUGGUGUUGCAAAUGUUCAACCAAAUAUUGUCAAUGAUACUACAAGCACCCCUAACACAGCUGCAAGUAUAGCCCGCAGACAUGAUAGGAAACUACAUAAGAAAAAAAUUUCAUCUCAGCAAAGACCUAUUCGUACUGUUGAAACUGUUACAGUAGAGUGGUCAGGAAUAAAGUUCCCAGAAGCUCGAGGCACAGGUGUAUGGCUGCGGUCACAGCGUAUGAAGCUACCACCUGGUGUGGGCCAACGUAAAACCAAAGCUAUAGAACAAGAACUACGCAUUAUGAACAUUGAUAUAGCUCCUACGCCAACUGAAGCCAUUUGCAAGCACUUCAAUGAGCUACGUUCGGAUUUAGCACUAGCAUUGGAUUUGAAAAAUGCAUUAGCAUCAUAUGAAUUUGAACUUCAAGCCUUGCGACAUCAAUAUGAAGCUCUUAAUCCUGGAAAGACUUUGAGUAUUCCAGCUUCAAUAUGUAACACAGACAUAGAAGCAAAACCAAUUGGAGAGAUUAUUGAUGUAGUUGGUUCUCCAAGUGCACUAAAUACCACAAUA